CGUGGCGCGGUGAGCGCUGGGUAAAUUCAGCGACAUACAGGAAGAAAGAGACGAAGCCCAGUCUGCUUACUGCACACUCCCACAGCAGCGACAACAUAAAGGACCGAAUCACUGCUCGACCAGUUUAGCAGGUAUGGCAGAGUUGGCGAGUCUGGUGCAGCGGUUGGAGGUGGCGGUGGGCCGCCUGGAGGCCAUGUCAGGCCCUGGAGGCAGCGCUGGAGGUUCAGAUGGAGGAGCUGUAUCUGCGCACGUCGAGGGCUUCGAUGAGAUCAUCAAGGGUCCUCUGGCGGAGUACCUCUCCCUCAGCCAGAAGAUAGGGGGCGACGUCCAGAAACAUGCAGAAAUGAUGAAGCAGGGGUUCACCACUGAGAGACAGCUUCUCAUCACAGCCUCCACUUCCCAGAGGCCCUCUGAUGCAGUUUUGACGACUCUCCUGCAGCCCGUGUCCAGCGUGAUCCAGCAGGUGCAGGCGUUUCGGGAGCAGAACCGCAGCUCACCGCUGUUCAACCACCUCUCUGCUGUCAGCGAGAGUGUGCCUGCCCUUGGAUGGGUUGCCAUGGCUCCCAAACCAGGCCCGUAUGUUAAGGAGAUGCAGGACGCCGCCACGUUCUACACCAACCGUGUGCUGAAGGACUACAAGGACAAGGACAAGGUGCAUGUGGACUGGGUGAAAGCCUACAUCUCCAUCUGGACUGCGUUGCAGCAUUACAUCAAAGAGCAACACACCACCGGACUGACCUGGAGCAAGACUGGUGCAGUAGCUUCAGCUGGUGCUGCUCCACGCAGCGCUCCUGCUGGCGGUCCUCCCCCACCUCCCCCUGGACCCCCUCCUCCCGCUGACCUGAGCGGACCCACUGGCGGUGCUGGGGACGCCGGUGCUGAUAAUCGGAACGCCCUGUUCGCCUCCCUCAACAAGGGGUCUGACAUCACCCGGGGACUAAAACAUGUGUCCGAUGACCAGAAGACCCACAAGAACCCCAACCUGAGGAGUCAGGGCGCUCCAGUGCGCUCUGGACCAAAACCCUUCGCUUCAAGCGCCGCCAGACCUGCUGCAUCCGCCACACCAACCCGUACACUCCCCCCUGUGCUGGAGCUGGAAGGAAAGAAGUGGAAAGUGGAGAACCAGGAGGAUGCUCAGAACCUGGUGAUCAGCGACACUGAGCUGAAGCAAGUGGUUUAUGCUUUCAAGUGUAACAAGAGCACCCUGCAGGUCAAGGGCAAAAUCAACUCCAUCACUUUAGAUAACUGUAAGAAAAUGGGCCUGGUGUUUGAUGAUGUUGUGGGCAUCGUGGAGAUGAUUAACUGCAAGGAUGUCAAGAUCCAGGUUAUGGGGAAGGUCCCAACUAUCUCCAUCAACAAGACAGAUGGCUGCCACAUUUAUCUGAGCAAGGACUCUCUGAAGUGUGAGAUCAUCAGCGCCAAGAGCUCAGAGAUGAACGUGCUGGUACCCAACAAAGAUGGAGAGUUUACGGAGAUCCCUGUACCCGAGCAGUUCAAGACAGUCUGGGACGGCAGUAAGCUCGUCACCACAGCAACAGAGAUCGCUGGAUAAACUGGGGCAGCAUAUUAAAACGGCCGCCCCUCCUCAACGCCAUCCCCACUCGUCUAUUUUAAUUUUUUUUUUUUGCAGAGUCCUGUCUGACUGAUCGACAACCCCACCAGCUAACUCUCACACUGUACACUGAGAUUCAGACCUUUCCCCUUCUUCCUUAUCAGCCAAUCACAGUUUAAACUGUUCCUUCUGUAAGCCAAUUAGAGGGCUGCUUGCCUUAUCUGGAGCAGAUCCUCCAGCCAAUCAGCAGGGAGCAGCUUGUCAUUCAAAUUAGGGUUUCCCUGCAAGCACUUGAAAAGAGUUUUGCCAACAGCUGGGAAGCUCUGUAUGUUUUUUUUUUUUUAAAUUUAUCUGGAUGAUGCUGAGCAAAAUUUAGAAUAGGCAAUGUUGAUUCCUCUGCAGCCAAUCAGGCUAAUUUCUUUCCCUUCUUCCUGGUCAGCUGGGGGGCUGGCGUGUUUAAGUUGUGGCCUCAAGGUUUCUCUUCCAUUAUAUGCAAUUCACUGGUGAAGCACUCGUCAAAAAGAGCCCUUUUUAGAGGAUAAAGGCAUCCAUAUCAUCUCCACUGAUGACUGCAACCAUGAGACUCAUAGUGGAUAAUGGUGUAAAACAAGUUCUCUGAGCACAUAAAACCAGAGUAAAAGCAAGCUGUGCAAAAACAUUCUGUCUUAAAUCAUUUUUAAAGCAUAAAUCCAUCUAGAUGAUGAUGUUUGAACGGUUUAAAGUACGUUUUCACUUAAAUCUACACAGGACAUUCCUGAAUGAAAGGAAAAAAAAAAACAUUCCAUGUUAGGAGGCAUUUAAGAAAAGUGUGAUAAAGAGCAAAGAUGUUGGAAGUCGGUGGAAGUGAAUUUUAAAAAGUAAAGGAAAACAGACUGGAGUAAGUGAUUGGAAACACCUGCUGUAAUCACCUGUACAGCUAUGAAUAGUCUUUGAAUAUCAGCCUGACCAUCAGCAUCCUGCUCCUUCUCAUGUCUGCAGCUCGCGUAGCUGUGGAGCUCUUCGCUGAAUUUUCUUUUGUCUCUUGUUUUUGUUUACCACUUUAAUUUCUCUUUUUUGGGGGGUCCAAACUCAGAAAUCUGCUCAUUAGUACUGGAGACAUCAUUAAAAAUGUUGCAAUAAAUCAAA